AGGAAGAAGAAAUUAAGCAUUCAGUGUUUGGCUGAGCUGUAGCCUAAAUCCUGCAGUAGCGUAAACGGUAACAUUAAUCUAAGUUAAAUUCUGGGUUACUUGGAACUUUGGCAGACAUGUGUAAUAAUCUAUGUGUUGGGUUUACAUAAGUUACACCAUGUUUAUUUACGAAGGCAGAGACCUAAUGAACGACAAGAAAUGCUGCCUGCUACCAUGCUGCUGCUUAGCCUUUUGAGAAAAAUCGCGACCCGCGCUUGGCAAUUUCCAAGCGAAAGUUGGUCUUAGUAGUUGUAUGUUGGUUAAACAAAGUUAUCUUGGCAUAUUGGAAACUAGGACUAUUGAUAUUAAGUUACAUUUGGGAGGAAUGGCAUAUGCACCAGCCGUGUGGCUAGCCGUGCAAGAACAUGUUUUGAGAACUGCAAAUGACAAUACUAACGUUAACGUUACGAAAUACAGCCAGGGCAGAACUAACGUUAACGUUACUCAAAGGCUUCUGGACCAGCUAGAUGAUGCCUUUCUGUUCAACAAUUUUCACUUUAACCGACAGAGUCUGACAUUCAUUGCCGAUUUAAUCAGGACCAGUAUAGACAAUGAUGGCAAUAAGGAUUCCCAGCAGGUGGAUGCCAUGGUGCUAGUAGCGCUUUACUUCUACGCAAAUGGGACCUUGUCCCGGAAAAUUACGGACUUGGUGGGACUUGAUAAAACAGCGGCUACUGAUGCUGUCAAAACUGUCUCAAGGUUAUUAGCUGGCUUGGCAGAGAAAUUUAUAACUUUUCCUGGCAGUCACAAUGACAGGGUGUGUGUAGCACAAGGCAUUAAAGAUUUGUGUAGGAUUCCAAAUGCUGUCGGUGUACUUGGAUGUAUGCAUAUCAAGGUGACACCUCCUGCCGAAAACCUGGCCCUGUAUAAGAAUUCCCUAGAUUAUAACUCAGUAAUGGUUCAGACCAUCUGCGAUGUCAAUGGUAAUCUUCUGGCAGUUGAGAAAUGCUGUCCUGGGGGCACGCCUGCGCAGCAGAUCUGGGAGAAAUCAGUAAUCUUCCAACAUUUCAAACAAGGAUACAACGGACCCACUUGGGUCAUCGGUGGCCAGGGAUAUCAGUUAAGCACGUACAUCUUGCCACCCAAACAUCCCUCCAAGGUCAAGAAUGCGGCCAGCUUGUCCUACAACAAGGCUCAUCACAAGGCCCUUUCCUGCAGCCUAAGGACCAUUGGCUCCAUAAAGAACCGCUUCCGCUGCCUAGAGGACCUGGGCCAAGUGUACUCUGGCACCUUAGACCACAUAGCCCGGGUCAUUUACGCUUGCUGCGUCCUCCAUAACAUCGGUAAGAAGUUCUCCGUCCCACUUCCUCGGGAGCUGGUGCCAGAGCCUUUGCAUCUGGUGCCAUUUGCAGCGGAGAUGCCUGAUAGCGCCACUACCAUCAGUGAAGCAGAGAUAAUACAAGAUGACAUGAUCAUAACGUGCUUCCACAGCCCUUCUGACGAGCCCUCUCAGGCUGCUGAGGCCGGUUUGCAGGGGGGGUGUUGGGAGGAUGAUGAUGAUGAGGAGGAAGGAAGCCCGGAGAGGAGACGGCAUGGCUCAGAGACUUUACAGACACAAGAACAAGAGAGCUAGAUAGACAAACAUUUUUCUUUUAGGUGUGUGUUUUUUUUUUUUUUUUUUUCUUUCCAUACGUCAACUUUUUUUUAUGAAGAUGGCCAACUAAAGAUUUUUUUUUUUUGAUUGAAAAGGCAGUUUUCAAAAGAGGAACAUCGUUGACUGCAAAUGAACCAGUGAAUCGUUCAAACUAGAUUGCAUACCAGAGGAAAGUCUCAAUAAGUUCCGUUUCUGAUUUUGUCAUUGUUUGUUGUUAUUUACCAACACUGAUUGUGUGUAAUCACACCUGAGAAUAAACACACUUUUGUUAA